AUGGCAAGAAUUUCGUCGGCGGUAUGUCUAUUGUUACUAUUAGCAUUAAGUACGGUCUAUGAAGUGCAAGGGACGUUUUUAUUAAGGCACUUCUUGAGAAAAAUUCCCAGAAGAUCCAGGGGGAUGAGGCCGUUCGCUUGCCAGGGUAUGCUGAAGUUUGUGAACCUUUUGGAGAUGAAGUGCCCAUUGAAGCCUGCGUAUAAGAACUUAUUUGGAAAUUUAAGGUCUUACGUGGGGGCUAUACGUUCGGGGUCCAAUGUUGACUUGAAAGGGAAAGCUGAGGGCGUCCAAACUGCUCUGUCUUCACUGGGUGGUACCACUGGAACGUCGGUGGAUAAAAGCAAGGUUAUGGAUGUGUUAAUGACAAUGGGAAAGACUUUGACUUCGCAAACGGGUAGCAGUUCAACGCAAGUGACAAGUGAACAGAGAAAACAGGUGCUCACGUCUCUUGUGCAAUUUGCACGAGUGAUUAGUCAAGUUGUUAUCAGUUCCGCAUCAAAGAGUGGAAGCUCUAUUGAUAUGAAAUCCCUAGGAAUUGAUGGCAUUGAUGACAAUGUGGCCACAGGAAGUUCAACUUCUACUUCAACUACUGGAAGCUCUAACACACAAACUGGAAUGACUGGCACGGACACAGGCGCUGUCCCUGUCCCUGGCACUGGCACUGUUCCUGGCACGGGCGCUGUCCCUGGCACGGGCACUGUCCCUGGUACUGACCCUGGCACUGUCCCUGGAAUGACUGGUGUGCCUGCUUCUACAACGGAAGGGGGAGGCCUUUUUGGUAACUCCUUUUCAGAUAAAACAGGUACAAGCACUGGCACGGGCGCUGUCCCUGUCCCUGGCACAGGCACUGACCCUGGCACUGGCACUUUCCCUGGAAUUGGAAUGGCUGGUGGGCCUGUUUCUUCAACGGAAGGAGGAAGCUCUUUUGGUAAAACCUUUUCAGGUAAAACAGGGUCAACUAAUUAUGAAGGAUCUAUCAACCAACAAACAGGUCAUAAGUCUUCCCAACAAACUACCACAAGCAACUCGGGAUCCCCAGGCGGCACGGUAUCGCCAGGGAGCUUCUAG